AUGACGCAGGUUCCCGAGCGUCGGGCCGACGUCGACUUAGUUUCGUGCAUAGCAUCUCCGCGCUUAAAAAAUAUUUACGUCAAAUGUUGCCAGUUGCGAGGGAAAUCCAACGCCGACGUCGAUUCCUCUACGAUUACGCACUACCGUCUUACUUUACUUACACUACGCGACUGUCGCGCUCCGCCCGAGGGCCGGAGCGGGCCCGUCUUCGAUUACGGAGCAAUGAAUUCAACUAGGCCAGUUCGUGGGCGCCCCGAGGCCGUUCAUUUGAGCACUUUCACGUCGAGAGCACCGCACGACUGGCUCCACGCGACGGUGGCGCGCGGCCGAAGCACUGCACUCACUGUUCAGAAUGUUCGUUACGAAACGUGCACGGUGCGACGGCGUCCGCAGACGGCCGCAGCGUUCAAGCGCUAG